UCGUGACGUCAGCGCAUUCGGCAUUCCGUGCGAAAACAGAGCAGAACGUAACGAGUUCCGUGAUUUGAUAUCACUCCCGUUCAUUUUAUUAAACAUAAAACCAAAUCAGUUCUUAAAAUACUUAAAAUUUCCCAGACGCUUUCUACGUCGUACAAAAUUUUUAGCAUUAAUCAUUAUGAUUAAAUACGAGCGUCACACUGUUACCAUGGUAACAGAAGCAGCUAGCUGUAGCUUGCUAGCGUCGUAAACGGCUCAUCGUCUGAACACAAACUCGAAAACGAGCAUCAUUUGUAAUCUUCUCGUGUUUUAUUUCUCGUUUAAAAUAUAAAUAAUCGCCACCCCACACUGGAACGACAAUGCAGGAUUUAUUUUUAGAGGAUGGAACAAGACACGCAGGGUGAUCAGGACCUGACGAUCUGCUGAUGGAGAGUCACACACCAUGAAGAAAAUAUUCAGCUUCAAGAAGAAGAAGGGCUCCCCGAGCCCCUCGGAGACGGGGAGCGUGCUGUCGGCCAGCUAUGAUGUGAAGGAGAAAGACCUCGGGAAGCUCCACAAGGCUGCGUUCAGCGGAGAUGUGGCCAAAAUCAGACAGCUGGCCAAAAAGAAUGAUUUAAACCAGCUGGAUAAGGAACACAGAACUGCGCUGCACAUCGCUUGUGCCUGCGGACACACAGAUGUGGUUCAGUUCUUGGUGCAGAGCAAAGUGAAGCUGAACUUAUGCGACAAUCAGAACCGCUCCGCCUUGAUGAAGGCGGUUCAGUGUGAACAAGACCGCUCCGUCUCUUUGCUCCUGGAACAUGAGGCUGACCCCAAUCUGGUGGACAUCAAUGGAAACACGGCACUGCACCUGGCCGCACGCAUCCCCUCCCUCUCUGUGUCUCUGCAGCUCCUGGAGCACUCAGCCAACAUCAACGCACAGAACAAGGAUGGCAACACUCCACUGAUGCUGGCUGUGAUGGAAAACCACGCAGACAUGACCGAGCUUUUAUUGAAAGAGGGAGCAGAGGUUAAUGUCAAGAACCAGGAGCAACGGUCUGUGUUGAUGAUGGCUGCAUGCAAUGGACAAAUCAGCAUGGUGCGUCUGCUCCUGCAGUACGAUGCCGACAUCACAGUGAAAGAUGAUAAGGGCUGGUCUUCUGAUGAUUAUGCUGUCAUGAAUGGACAUCACGCAUGUUCACAUCUGAUUAUUGAGCAUGGGACGAAGAGAAGAUCCCUUCAGUCACCUUCCCAUUUCACUGCCAGCAAAAAGAAGCAGACGUCUGUGCUCGGCAGCCCUGGUGGUAUUGGAGCUGGUUUGGCUUUGGGAGGACCAGCUCUGGAUAAAGAUGUUGUAGCAGCAGGGAGCAGCUCCGCAGGAGCAGGGAAAGAUACAGAGGACAAUUCUCACACAGAAUCCAUUAGCAGGGCAUCAAAAAGUGGUGCUGCUGAUUCCUGGCCUUCAUCAGAUGAUGAUGAUGAUGAUGAUGACGAGUUAGAUUUGAGCCCAAAGCUCAGCCGCACCAUCAGAGGUCGCCAGUUAAACCAGCUGCGAGUUACUCGCUUUUGUGCUGCGCGCUCAUCCUCUGCGCAUGCGCACCUGUCUCUUCCCUCCCCGCUGGAUCAAAGUGCUGCUUGUCCGCGCCGCCGAAACGCCGAAAAUGCAAAACUGGUGGGACCUCUCCGUAAAGAGCUUGCCGAGUCCCUCUCCUCCUGCCGGGUGUUGGUGGUCGGGGCGGGAGGAAUCGGCUGCGAGCUGCUGAAAAACCUGGUGCUCACCGGCUUUAAGAAUAUUGAAGUGAUUGACCUGGACACCAUUGAUGUCAGCAACCUCAACAGACAAUUCCUGUUUCAGAAGAAACAUGUUGGAAAGUCUAAAGCUCAGGUUGCCAAGGAGAGUGUGCUUCGGUUUUGCCCAUCUGCGAACAUCACUGCUUACCAUGACAGCAUCAUGAACCCAGAUUACAACGUGGAAUUCUUCCGAAAUUUCCAGCUUGUCAUGAAUGCUUUGGACAACAGAGCGGCCAGGAAUCAUGUAAACAGGAUGUGUUUGGCCGCUGACAUUCCCCUCAUUGAGAGCGGCACGGCUGGCUAUCUGGGACAAGUCACAGUUAUCAAGAAGGGUCAAACGGAGUGCUAUGAGUGUCAGCCUAAACCCACGCAGAAAACCUUCCCAGGUUGCACCAUUCGCAACACUCCCUCAGAACCCAUUCACUGCAUCGUGUGGGCCAAAUAUCUCUACAAUCAGCUUUUUGGCGAGGAGGAUGCGGAUCAGGAAGUGUCACCUGACACAGCUGACCCUGAGGCUGCUUGUGAGUAG